GAAAGUGGCAAUUGAUCUCAACAAGCAAACUGUAGAUUCACGGAAACACACUAUUCAGGGGUGAUGAUAUCGAUCUGGCUGGCCGUAACAUUGACGGGUGCUUUCUAAUGAAGUUCACGAAGACCACGGGCCACACACGCGUCGAAUUCGCUACGACAGCUGGUCAUGCGAUGUAGUGGGAAGAUUCGUUAAUACUCGUCGCGAUAUAUUUACUCGUCGACAGUCAGAUAAGACUUUAGUGUAGCUGGUGCUUGAUCAGGACGAGGUCGAUCUAAUCUUCAACGUGGUGAUUUAUGCAGUGCGUUCCAAUCUGCAUGUCGCUUCCGUCGCUAUCUGAUUCUAGUACCAUGUGAUUAAUCUACCUGGCGCUUCAUAUAAGAUCUUCCAGAACAGAUGUGAAGUCAUAAGGGUUUGUGUGAAAUGUACCAACUUUCUGAAGUCCGAGGUGGACUUGUCAUUUUCAUGUAAGACGAGCUCCAGAGGGGCGGUAGAAUAAUCCUUGCGUCGCAUUGGGUUUCUGUCUUCGAGAAAUUGCUAUAAAUCUUUCAGGGGAGUUGCCUCGAAGGUUAUUGUGGCCUCCCUUCCAAAUCUCCAGAGUGAUGAAACAUAGUUCGAACGCCACCUCUCUUGUGACCUGAUACGAACUCGAUACAGAGCUUGGUCCCCAGAUUCAAGACUUGUGCCUUUUUUGCGAAGAAUUGAUAUUGUUUUUCAUACCAUCAUCUACUCUUAGUGUCAUCUAGUUUCAGUUUUGGAAUUGGAGCGGAGGCCGCUGUCUAGUGAGGUCGUUGCAACUCAGAACUCCAGUGGACAGAUAAGUGAUCAACAUGGGAUGGUCUCCUGAAAGUGCUGCGCAAGCUUACAUGCAAACUGUAGAACUGUGUAUGGUAGGCAUUGGUAAGAAAUAUACUUCAACGGCCGUAGAGCACCACAGCACGGAGUUUCUCGCUGCAUUGGCUGGUGGUAUCGAGGCGAAGCUUCUGGUUCAAGUCACUACUUGUGCGAGCCCGGCUACUGUUGCUCUCGCUGUCGCUGCUCGCAAAACAGGGGGCCGUUUGAUCUGCGUCCUCUCGGAAUCAGAUGCUCUUCUGAAUGCAAUGGUUGCCAUGAAUACAUUAGGUCUGUCCAGAGUGGUGGAGUUCAUUGUCGGCAACUCGAAGGAUAUUCUUCCCCAGUUUUCGGACGUAGAUUUUGCGCUCAUAGACUGUAAACAGGAGGAGUCUUUGGACAUCUUUGACCAUUUGCGUUUGACCCCAACCCGAGCUGUGGUGGUUGCGGAGAAUCUGUUCAAAAGAGAUGCCAGGGCUUCAUACGAGAAGAAGAUGACUAACAGGCCGGGGUUUAAUUCUACUAUUCUCCCAAUCGGCAAAGGAAUUGAAGUUGCAAGACUUUGCCGUGAUGAAAAGCGCACUGGGAAGAGAAGAAUCAAUAAAAGAGUCAGUUGGGCGAUGGACAUGGAGGACAUUCUUCAACGUUAAACAUCGGUUAAUUGUGAUGCAUCUUCUACAUUGAAACCUACUGAAAUACAUGGGCGACUACCUGAGCGUUGUUUCCAAGCUGAUAUAACCGUUUCAUCUAUCUCAAGCUCAUCUUCAAAUAACUGCAAUACAGAUAUAUAUUUUUGGAUUUGGGCGACAAGGCAACCCCGCUCUUGUGAGCGUGAGGUUUAUACAGUGCUGGAGACUACAAAUUACGUAUUGUACCAUUAACUUGUGUACAAAAGAGAGGAAGCCCUAUUGUACCGUGUGCGUCAAUCGGAGUGAUACCGGAGCAGUGUUUACUUAAUGAAUCAAAGUAUUCCAAUACAAUCGGAGGAGGUAAAUCCAUUUGCAUUUUCAGAGAAAGUUUCCAUUUCCACAAACUAUUUAUUUAGUACGAUCCCUUUCAAAGCAAUGUAGAACUGCAAGAAUGACAAUUUUGCUUCUACAUCAUUUAGCUGGUGACCUCGUACAAAACCUAGGUGUCAAAAAGUGAUGCCUACAGUUCACUUUACACGAAGUAAUAAUGCAAUGGAAAACAGUCACAUGAUUUGGACAACCUUUAUCCGCAUAAUAUGGUUGGAAAUCGUACCUCUUUUGUCAUUCUUGGCUAGUUGUUCAACACCAUUGUACCCCAGCUAACUGCGGCAUGCUUCAUUGAGUUCAAUCUGUUCAACAAUGUUCAA